AUGGGGGUGAUGGGGAAGAGCAAGAAGGAAGAGGAAGAAGAAGAAGAAGCAGAACGACUGGCCAAAGAGGAAGAGGAACGGAAGGCUGCCGAAGUAUCUACUGCAAACAAUCUUAGCUGGGCUGAGGAUGGGAAUGCAGAUGGUGACGAUUGGGCUGGUGUUGGAAAGAAGAAGAAAGGCAAGAAUGAUCCACCAGCAGACGAUUUUCAGGAUGUCGGUCUGAACGAUGGUGCACCUCAGCUGGACUUGAACUUCGAUACAGCACCUAAAACUGGCGGGACCGGUUUUGGCUUCGGCGGCUGGGGUAAGGACUGGAAUACUGGCGACUCUAACAAAAUGGGACUUGGGGCCAUUGGUGAGUCUGCCUCAAAAGGGGAAUCCAAAGAUACGAACCCCUGGGCAAUCGGCAAGACGAAAUCAUCCAAGACCCCCGGUGGGUUUGAUUUUGGUGAUUUGGGAUCCCCUCCUGCGCAAGAAAUUAAGCCUGAUGAUAGCUGGGGAGCAUGGGGUACCUCUAAGAAUGACAAAAAGAGCUUACUUGAUCCGGAGCCCGAACCUGAACCUCAACCAGAGCCAGAACCGGAGCCAGAACCAGAGCCAGAACCUGAACCGGAGCCUAUCAAUGAUCCCACGCUAGAGAUUGGGUUCAAAACCCUUCCCAAGAAGGAACAACGAAGGUUAAAAAAAGAAUACGAACAGAAGGUUAAGGAUGCCAAAGCGGAGGCCGAGGCCAGGGCUCAGGCAAGAGAGGAAGCAAAGGCAGCCAAGGAAGAGGAGGAGCGUCUAGCCAAGGAAGAGGAAGAGAAGAAAGCCCAGGAGGAAGCAGAGCAGAAGGCCAAAGAGGAGGAGCGUCUAGCCAAGGAAGAGGAAGAGAAGAAAGCCCAGGAAGAAUCCAAUGACUGGUCAUGGGGCGUCCCAUCCAAGAAGGACAAGAAAAAGAAGAUUGAUCUUUUGGCUGACCCUUUACCUGCACCCGAUCCUCCUACGGAUGGUGGUUGGAUGGGUGGUUGGGGAACCGAAAAGAAAAAAAAGUCCAAGGAUCCCGAGCCGGUGGUGGAACCUUCUCAACAGGAGGACGACACCUGGGAUAGCUGGGGCGUCGCAACCAAGAAGAAGAGUAAGGGUAAAGUCGAACCAGAGCCGGAGCCGGAACCUGAACCUGAACCUGAACCCGAGCCUGAACCCGAACCUGAGCCAGAACCGGAACCUGAGCCAGUACCGGAGCCAGAGCGAGAGCCACUUGAUCCUCUCUACGAAAAUUGGGCUGGCCUAAAUUCCAAGGAAAGAAAGAAGCGAGAGAAGAAGUUGACGCAGAAAGGCCUUCCUAUUCCUGGUAAAGAUGGCUUCCAGCUUCCCUCUGACAAACCGCCCGAGCCCGAGCCUGAACCCGAGCCUGAACCUGCACCUGAACCUGAACCUGAGCCCGAACCUGAGCCCGAGCCCGAACCUGAACCCGAGCCAGAGCCAGAGCCGGAACCGGAGCCAGAGCCAGUGAAGCCAAUCGAAGAGGAAGCUUGGGGAGGAUCUUGGGGUGUUACCAAAACCAAGAAGAAAAAGAAGGGCAAGGAUGUGGAAGAACCGCCACCUCGUGCUCCUACUCCUCCCCCUCAGAGCCUCACCCCGGAACCCGAGGCGUUCAAUGAAGGUCCAGAUGAUAUAUGGGCAGAGCUUGCCCCAAAGACUUCUAAGGGCAAGAAGACGAAGUCUAUUGAGCCGCCGAAGGAAGAGAAACCUGCGGCGAAGGGCUUCUGGGCAAGUAUCACAGGAGGGUCAUCAUCUAAGAAAUCCACCAAGAAAGCCGACCCUCCUCAGGAGGACGACCUUCUAAUUGAUGUUGGAGAUGAUCCCUCCCCCGAGCCAGAGCCAGAGCCAGAGCCGGAGCCAGAAGCUGAACCUGAACCGGAGCCUGAGCCGGAGCCGAAGCCGGAGCCAGAAAAGCCCAAAGCCAAGAGCAUGGCUAAGUUAUCUGUUGCUGAGCGUAUCAAAGCUUUGGAGCAGGCCAAAAAGGACAAAUUAAAGGAGAGUUCUAAGUCAAAAUCGAAAGAAAAGGAGAAGAAGCCUGAACCCGAACCGGCGCCAGAACCUCCCGCUGAAGACCCGAAGCCAGAAAAAGACCGCGAGCGUUCUAAAGAAUCUGUUCCGGGCAGCUUCCCUGACGAACCUUCUGCUGAGCCCGAGCCAGAACCUCAACCGGAGCCUGAACCGGAACCGGAGCCAGAGCCAGAGCCUGAACCUGAACCUCCAGGUCCUGAUCUUUCGAAGAUGUCCAAGAAAGAACUCAAGAAAUAUAAGAAAGCCCAAGCAGCAGCUGAGGCUGCGAAGGAAUUUGAUCCGCCUCCGGCGCCUGAAGCGCCAGAAGCGCCAGAACCGGAGCCCGAAGCCGAGCGCGAGCUUAGCGCGGAGGCUGAGGCUGAGGUUGAGCCAGCUGAAGAAGCUGACGACGGAGCCCCUCCGAUACCCCCCUCUGAAGAACCGGAGGAAAAACCGGCGGAAAAACCUUCAAAGUCUUCUAAAAAAGAUCGCCCACGUGCGGAGCGUACCAAUACAUCUUCUAGCUGGGGAUUCUGGGGCACGGCGCCACCAGCAAAGAAAUCCAACAAAAAGGAACCAAAGCCUCCAAAGGAACCCGAGCCGGAACCGGAACCAGAGCCUCACACAGAGCCUCAACCUGAGCCCGAGCCUGAGCCUGAAGCCGAACCCGAGCCGGCGCCAAAGCCCGAAGCAGUAAAAGCGGAAGUUGAAGCUCCUGAAGCAUCCAAGGAGCCCUCCAAGGACAAAAAGAAAUCUUCCAAGGAAAAGGAGUCCAGAAGAAAGGAAAGCAGUCGGGUAGAGCGGUCUCCCACAGAUGCAAGGCCAAAAGUGACAAAGUCUCGGCCAAAGGAGUACGAUCAGGAGAUAGAAAAGUCAUCAACAUCGGACCGAGAAAAGCGACGUGAGCGCGAGGCACGUGCCUCAAAACAGCAGCGUGCCACGACCUUGUCUAAUUUCAUACUUGGCGCUCCCCCGUCUGCACGAACCAAAUCAACGCGUAAGCCGGCAACUUCGAAAUCAGCCUCCAGACCAGUAUCGCGACGACCAUCUGUUGAUAUGGAUGGUGAGGGAUCCAUGCCAUCCCCACCCCCGGAGGACAAGCCCGAGAUGCCCGAUAAGGCAGCCAAAUUGAUGGGCAUGAGCGCAUCGAAAUCGAAGCGUGAACGUCCACGGAUGGAGAGGCGGAAAUCAGCCCCUCGAGACCCUUAUGUAAUUGAGGACGACGACUUGGUCAUGGUCAACGCAGAAGACGCCGAUGGCCAAUCGCCCAAGGAGGGGUCCAAGGGUUCUGCACCGAGGCGAAAAUCCAGGAGAGAGUCGCGUCCAAAGCCCGAUGAUGACGAUGCUGUCAUGGUCGAUGCAGAUGGGCCCGAAGAUGGCGUGCUUGUCGAUGCCCCAAGAGACCCCAGGGAGCGGCGCUUGAAGCGCGCCAACACAGCUCCACCGCCGAAGAAACAAGAAUCUGGAGGUUUAAUGGGUCUCCUUGGUUCCUUCAGGAAAAAUACUACUACUCGUCCAGAAAUGCCAGACAGACGAAAGUCCCGCUCAUACCGCGAUGAAGAAGCACGGAACAUGACUGAGCCAGAGCGUGAGGAUCCUCGACGAGUGCGACGUGAUGACCGCCGCCGGCGAUCUGUCAGACCAGAGACAGAUGUGGAAGGAUUCACCACUGAUGCUGCCGGUGCGGCUGCAGGUGAAACAGAAGCCGAAGAUCCCGAAGUCCGCAGAGCUGCCCGUCGAGCGAAGCGCUCAUCUCGACAGGCGCCUUCUGACACACGUGAGACGGAAGCGCGGGAAGCUGAGGAGAGACGCGCCAGACGCAAAGAAAGAGAGAGAGCGCGUGAGCAAAAAGCUAAAGAGGAGGAAGAAGAGCGCCGUCGUGUCCGCCGCGCUGCACGAGAGGAGCGACGUGCUCGAGAAGAACAAGAAGCCCAAGAAGCCCGCGAAGCCGAAGCUGCCGCCGAGGCUAAGGAAGCAGAACGACGCGAACGCCGACGUGUCCGCGAAGAAGAGAUGGCAGCAAAGGCCAAACGUCGGCGUUCGCGCGCGGAAGAACCUCCCGCCCAAAACUUCUACCCACCUGAAGAGCGACGUCGCGGGUCCCGGACAGCCGACGACGCGAAGUAUCGUCGCAGGCCCAGGCCAAUCAUUCCAGAAGACCCCGAGGAGCCUCUCAUGGCCGGCGGCCUUAACCAUGGCAAGCCGAAGAAAGAUAAGACAUCCUCAUGGGUCUACUCCCAAGCCGAUGAACCCCCCGAACCCCCGCCACUCGUCCCAACCUUCAUCGACAUGCCUCCAGCCGCAGCCGCGGCGGCUGAAAACCUUAACGCACACUCCCUUUCUUCAGAUGAAGAAGCUCGACGUGCUGUCCGUCGCCGUGCCCGCCGUCGUGCCAAAUACGGCGAUAUGGCCGACGAGGAGAUUGACGAGAUCCGUUCCCGCCGUCAGCCGUCGCGACGGGAUCCAAAAAGUAGCUCUGGCAGUGGAGACUACGAGCGUGAUCGUGGUAUGAGGUCUCAUGGAAGUCGGCAGGAUGCUCCUGUACCUCCUAGCUCUGGAGCGAAGAAGUCGAGCUGGUUGCGCAAACUUGCAAACUUCUAA